CCUCAACGUUUGAUCUUUCGCCGCUUUAUUGUUCAUCUUUGCAGCGCCAUAUCCAGAGCGAAAAAAAACCAGGUGAAUCUUCUUUGUUUCGUACCCUAAAUUAUGACUUCAGCCGCUGCUGUUCCUCAAGAAUCCUCCCACCGUGAUGAAUUGUUAAUGCAGCAGAGCUUGCUUUUUUCCGAGACUCUCAAGGAUUUGAAGAGUCUGAGAAAACAGUUGUAUUCCGCAGCGGAAUAUUUUGAAAUUACCUAUAACAAGGAAGCCCAGAAACAAAUAGUGGAGGAUACUUUGAAAGAUUAUGCCAUUAAAGCUUUGGUCAAUACGGUGGACCACUUGGGUUCCGUAGCAUACAAGGUUAACGACUUUUUGGAUGAUAAGAUGGGCGAAAUUUUCGGCACGGACCUUCGUUUGUCUUGCCUGGAACAGCGAUUGCAAACAUACCGAGAGUUUGUCAACUUAGGUGGUCUCUCUCAGCAGUCAUUAGUGUUAGAGGCGGUCAAGCACAAUAAGCGGUACAUCUUUCCAGUUGAACAGACACCGAAUGAUGUUGCUGAAACGAGACUCAAAUCCAACCCUACUAGAAUAUGUGCUGGACUGGACUCGCAACAGUUCAAGAAUAUUGGUAUUCAAGCAAUAGCAACAGAGACUGGUUCCGAAUCGAUCAGGGAUGGAUUCUAUGAGUUACGCUCUCCACAACAUUUACCAAGAAAAAGCCCCAAGUUGUUUACUAGCAUUUCAAUGAACCAAAGACAAGAGAAUCGAUCAACCUCUCCUCGCCGCUUUCCGCUCCCACGUUCCGGUUCUCUUAUGCAGAGAUCGUCCUCCCCAAGCCAUUCCAAUUCUAGAAAACGGUGGCCAUCGGAGCCUCGGAGAACUGUUUCCUUGUCCACCAGCGUAGCUGAAAGAGAGAAGGUUAAAGACAUGGAACAAUAUUCUAGCAAAAGCAAACGCCUGUUCAAGGCUAUGCUCAGCUUGCGCAAGUCUAAAAAGGAUGUCACGGUGUACAAAUACUCGGAUGAGAACUGAGAGGAAAAAGUUUACACGGGAGAGAAGAAGAGGUGGAGUGAGAUAAACUUUCCUGUGAAGAAGUAGAGGAAAACUUCACACCGGUUUACUUCUCAGGCAGGUUUUAAGGAAACAACGUCGCAUGAUAAACCAACGUACCUGUGAUCCCAAUUACAUUUCGUAUAGUGUUGAGUGGGUGAGAGACCACGGGUGUGAGCUGUGAAAAUAUUUAUUUAAUAUAGAAAUAAAAAUUUAUUUGAAUU